AUGCCAGAAAUCACCUCGGACAGCGACCUGCCCAAGCUGGUCAACACGGCAGCCAAGCGUGCGAAAUGGGCCAAAAAGCUUGCCGUGUCCUGCCUCCAAAGCGCUGCCAAGCGCCUCGACAACCCGCCCAUGCAGGGCAUGUUCAGCCGAACGUUGUUUGCGACGCUGGCCGACAAGAGUGAGGUGGUCAUCCAGUUCCGCACCGAGGUACUGGAUCUCAGCGCGUUCCAGGUGGCUCGAGAGAUCCUGGGCGGCGCGCUCGUGCCGUGGGUCCGCACCCUCGAGGAUCCGGAGCUCGAGGGCGAGGGCGUCUGGGCCUAUGCGUUGGACCGCAUGCCGGGCACGAUAUGGCUCCGUGGUGUCGCCGGCAAGGGCGCCGAGGCUCGCAUUGCAGUCAAUAGGUCUCUGGGCCAGGCCUUCUCGCGCGGGUUUGUAGCGGGUGGCAGCAGCGCUGACGCCAUCGCUAAGCACGUCCGCCCGCAUCUCGAGGCCAUCGUCGCCUCUCCCCUGGAGGAGAUUGACCCCUACCGGGCGCUGUGCAAAGAAUACCUCGACGAGAAGCUCGGUAUUUUGGAACAGCUGCCGUUGUGGAUCGCGCACUACGACCUCAACGACGUCAAUGUUCUCAUCGACGCAGAGACCUUUGAGGUGACCGCGCUGAUCGACUGGGAACUGUCCCACCCGCUGCCACUGGGCAUCGGCUUCGGGCGCGUGCACACGCUCGCGGGCGAGUACACGGGCGGCGAAUUUUGGAUGCCGCCCGAGUUUGAGACGGCCGAGACAGCGUUUUGGGGCACGCUGAUCGCGGGGAUCCCCGACGUCGCCGUCAAGACGCAGGUCGCCGCCCAGAUGGCGCUGGUGCAGGACGCGGUCCUUCUCGGGACGCUGCUGUCGACUUUCUAUUUCGAGGAUGGCAAAGUCGGCGCUGCACAGGUACCGCUCAAAGCGCUGCCCAAGUUUUUGACGUACCGCAUUCCGCCGCUUCGCGGUAAUGAACCUCCUUAUUCUGUGUAG